AUGGCACUAUUCACCACUAAUGGUAUGUUUAUCUUGGAUGAAAUUCAUACCACUGACCAAAGCUUUCAUAAUGUCAUGGGCGGCGGUGGUAUGUUUGCAAUGCUAGGGGCAAGUAUUGUGUGUCCAAAUCCGGAGACAUCCAAGCACUUGAAAUGGGUGGUUGAUCGCGGCUCAGACUUUCCAGAAUCUAUUUCAGAUCAGAUCAAGACAUGGAAAUCGGGCGUAGUAUUCAGAGACGAUACAACGAGGCUCACGACGCGAGCCUGGAAUCUCUACGGCGAGAACGAUUUUAGGCAGUUCAAGUAUCUAUCGGAGAAAAAACGAAUCGAUGUCCAAGACUGGCUUUUGGAGUUUGGCGAAGAUCAAUUGUCUCAAAUACCGUGCUUUCAUUUAGUUUGCGCCGAAGAUAGGGCCACUUCAAUCUUGGACAAACUCAAGAUGUAUGCUGACAGUUCUAUUCGGAGAGCCUUUGUGUGGGAACCCAUCCCAGAUUUGUGCAACGUGGAGCACGCUGAAAUGAUACGAAAAGUGGUCCACCGGGAAGAAACUGUGAUAUUCUCCCCCAACGCCGAGGAAGGGGCACGUCUUUUUGGAGCCACAGAGCCAACUACAAUUGAGGGCUGUCGGGAAUUGAUGCGUAAAUUUGACUCUUUUGUUGGCGAACAAAACAUGUGUGUUUUAAGAUGCGGUAGACUGGGGUCUCUGACAAUGGGGAGACGCUCAUCAAAGGGUGAUAGGCCCAUAAUUCACCUUCCGGCAUUCCACUUCCAAUCUCCAUCCCGUGUCGUUGAUCCAACAGGUGGUGGGAACACCUUUCUGGGGGGUUUCUCUUUGGGCUUCGUCCUCUCCGACGGAAACUUGGAUGUUGCUAGCAUCUGCGGCAACAUAGCUGCUGCGUGCGCUAUAGAGCAACUGGGUGUUCCUCAACGUCAAGGCGACAAGUGGAAUGGCCUUACUUUCGAAGAGCGAUUAAGUCAUUACAUUACAACCUACAAACUUCCGUACACUACGGACCGUAUCCUAAAAUUACUGAGCAUUACAUCCACAUGA